AUGAUCAGGACCCUACUGCUGUCUGUGUUGGUGGCUGGAGCUUUCAGCUGUGGGCUCCCCACUCACCUGCCCCAACUGAGUAGGGUGGUUGGAGGUGAAGAGGCGACACCCAACAGCUGGCCCUGGCAGGUCUCCCUGCAGUACAGUGCCUAUGGCCAGUGGAGACACACCUGCGGAGGGUCCCUGGUGGCCAAGAACUGGGUCUUGACAGCUGCCCACUGCAUCAGCUCCUCCAGGACCUACCGCGUGGUGCUGGGCCGGCACAGCCUCUCCACCGAGGAGGCGGGCUCACUGGCCGUCAAGGUCUCCAAGGCUGUCGUACACGAGAAGUGGAACAACAAUCUGGCCCAAGGGAAUGACAUUGCUCUGCUCAAACUGGCCACACCCGUCACCCUGACUGACAAGAUCCAACUGGCCUGCCUCCCACCUGCCGGCACCAUUUUACCCAACAACUACCCCUGCUAUGUCACAGGCUGGGGCAGGCUGCAGACCAAUGGGGCUUCUCCCGACAUCCUGCAGCAGGGCCUGCUGCUGGUUGUGGACUACGCCACCUGCUCCAGCGCUAGCUGGUGGGGCAGCUCCGUGAAGACCACCAUGGUCUGCGCUGGGGGUGACGGUGUGACUUCCAGCUGCAAUGGCGAUUCUGGAGGGCCCCUGAACUGCCAGGCGGCUGAUGGCAAGUGGCAAGUGCACGGCGUGGUCAGCUUCGGGUCCUCUCUCGGCUGCAACUAUUACCGCAAGCCUUCCGUCUUCACCAGGGUCUCCAACUACAUAGACUGGAUCAAUACGAUAUCGUCACUGCUAACAGUGCAGGCUCGUGACCUGGGCUAUGUUUGGCAUCUGCCUCCAGACCAGAAGCUGCCCUCUGGGGUCGGGAAGGAGCAGGCCCUGCACAGGCCACAGAACCCUCAACUUGUAGCAGGCCAGGCCUCUCCGCCUCCAGGACCGCAGCAGAAGGUCUUGGGAUGA